AUGUCUUACAAAAAAAAACAUGUUUUUAACGACAUAUCAAACUCUCUAUCAAAUUCUUUUGAAGAUCCCCGUUUAAUAGAAAAUGCAUUACUUUACUUUGAGUAUAAGCUAGAUACAACAUGGACCAAAACCAAAACGAUAGAUAUUGCUAUUCAAAAUUUUAUGAUUAAAAAAUAUGAUAAUGAAAAAAAAGGAACUCAUAUAAAAGGCAUUUUUGAAGAUCAUCUGACAAUCACACUUUCUAACAAAGAAAAGUCUCAAAAUUUCAAGUCACUUGUGUCUGGAAAAAUUGGUACUAGACAAUAUAAACUUGAAUCAGGAAAUACCCUUCAAGAAACAUUAGCAUCGGCAGAAGUAACUUUAGAUUCAUCUUCAGAAAGAAAGACAAAAGCUCAAAAUAAAACUAUUAGAGGAAGGAUAGUAGAUUUUGUUCUACGUCUCAAGAGUGCAAAAAACAAAAGUCUUGAACUCUUUGUAUAUGAAAUUGCUGGUGGCCCAUACAAUUUGAAAUCUGAUAAAAUUUUGUCUGAUAAACGUAAAAAUGCCUUACAAGAAAUGAUUGAACUGGUCAUCAAAAUUAAUGAAGAUCUUGAACAAUUGCAUGAUUCAAGACCCAGUAAAAAUAUAGAAGGUUUUUUACAAUAUUGGAAUAUUUAUGUGCCGAAAACUGUAACCACACCAAAAAUGAAUUAUACUGUUGUAGAGGCACGAAGGAUUCAACUUGGGACGAUUAGGGCAACUGAAUAUCAGAUGGAAGAGUCAUUACCACAACCUACAAUUGGAUAA